AUGCUCCAAAGAGACCUAAUCACAGGGCUCGACCACCGUCACGCCCCACUUCUCUCCCUACCUUCAUCUCCACAGUACCCUCAUCACCAUCCCCCCCCCUCUCACCGGCCUGCUGCUCCAGGAACCGCACCAAUAUCAGAGGAAGCUAUACUGGAUGUGGAUGACGCCAUUGAAGAUGAAGUCCAAGUAUCCUGGGCCAAUACUCUAGUUGGGUAUAUCCUGCCUGGGAAACCAUAUCGGAAGCAAGCUGUCUUGGAGGCUCUCCCCCUGGCCUGGAAUACCAGGUACCCGGUUGUCGUCUCGGCCCUAUCCGACCACAAGUACCUCUUCCGUUUUCAGCAUAGGAAUGACGUCAAGAAUGUGCUUGAGGAAGGCCCAUGGUCUGUCUCAGGUAAUCUUUUGGUGCUAGAGCAGUGGAGAGACGAUGAAGACUGGAGUUUCAAACUUACUGAGUUUUGGAUACAGAUCAGCAACCUUCCAAUUGAUCUAUUAUCGCUGGAGUUUGCCUUUCAACUCACCACUCAACUUGGAAACCCUACAGUGGCCUAA